GCGAGGCCCGCAAGCCUCCCGGACUUUGCAGAUUUUGGCACGGGAACCCGGCCCGUGCGGCUGGGGUUCUUUCGGCCGGGCGGGAGGGUCCCCGCUGCGGGCGGCGGCUCGGCCCGGGGGGCCGGGAGCACUUUCAGGUGGCGCUACGAGCGGGGAAGCACGCGCGGGCGGGAAAGUCUUCAAGGAAACGGGGACUAGCUAUGAUCUUCGGGCCCACUACCGUCCCACACAAUCAACCGAUGGGCAAGAGCCCCGAGCAACGCACUCCUCGCGAGUCAUCUUCGUCGCAAAGUCGCAGCCGCGCGGGGACACUGUUCCCACCAGACAGGAUUGCUUGUCAUGGGUAAAUAGCUCCGUAGUGAAUCCUGCAUGCGGUAUCCCAAGUGAUAGCGUUUCAACUAUCGAGACCCAGAUACACUUGCAACGCAUAGGAAGGAGGGAAGAGGAAUUGGUGGUGGGGACCCUGCGCAUGCGCACCUAAAUAUCCUGUCUGAAAACGUGCCCGCCGUAGAUUUGUCCGGUAUAAUCGCAUUCCUAGCAUGUCUCUCAUGCGGUCUACGCAUGGGACAGGGACGCGUUUUGUUUUUGUAAUUCCGUUUCGCAAUCGCCGCGCCCCAAUCGGGAUGAUGCAGUAGGACGACUCCGCUGAUGUGCGUUCAGAUUUGUCGCACGGAGUUCAUAUUAAGCCGAAGGCUCCUAGUUUUGUUCUCAUGUUGUGGCAGCAGACUCUAUAGCACUUGUCUAUUACGUGUGUGCGGAGGCGGAGGCGGACGUCUUCUGUCAGGAUAAUGA